CGCCUUCAUAGUUAGAUGACUCUACUUUCCAUCUCGUCCUCAGCACUCAGGUCAGUUAUCCAGAGUGGACUCCAUCUCCCAGAAUGCCCGAGCAGAGUAACGACUACCGGGUGGUGGUGUUCGGAGCCGGCGGCGUCGGGAAGAGCUCGCUGGUCCUUCGGUUCGUCAAAGGCACCUUCAGGGACACCUACAUCCCCACAGUGGAGGACACCUACAGACAGGUGAUCAGCUGUGAUAAGAGCGUGUGCACGCUGCAGAUCACCGACACCACAGGAAGUCACCAGUUCCCCGCCAUGCAGCGCCUCUCCAUCUCCAAAGGCCACGCCUUCAUCCUGGUCUUCUCCGUCACCAGCCGCCAGUCCCUGGAGGAGCUCAGACCCAUCUACCAGCAG